CGGGGAUCUCCUUUUCUUCUUUUUCAUCCCGUCUUUCCCUCCUUUGGGGUUUUUUUUUCUUUCGACUAAAAGACGGAACCGUCCCAAAAAGUCGCCACGACCAACUACCAGACCCUAUUACGUCUACAGAGUCAGACAAGGCAAAAAAACAUUGCUAGCCAACUUGCCCUCGUGCUCGCCACACCUGGCUCUUGGUCUCUUUUCCAUUCAAACCAUUACAUACUUGAUACUCUCACUCUUUUAGUAAUCACGCUUGCUCCCAACGAUCUUCCCGAGGCCACUUGAGUUUGCCCGAGAAAUUCACUUAGCUUGCUCUGCGCAAUCGGACUGGGCCAGUUGCGCAGAGUACCUAGACAAGCAGACACAGUAACGGGGCGAAUCUGGGAGUUUUUUUUUCUUUUUUUCUUGAGAUCCUACAGCCAUUCGCAGGACACGCGAGCACUUGCCCCCUUUUGUAGCCAUGGCCAUGGAGGGUGUCAAAGAUGGAAAGCGGCGAUUUGCCCCCAUACCGAUAGAGACGACGUUCGAGCAGAUUAGAAGACCUGGUCCAGUCGGCGAGCUGACGCCAGAUCCCUCACCCGAGCCCUCUCCGAGAUCUCCGCAACAUACCGUUACCUUUGAGACCUCGACACCAAAUGAGUUCCGUAAAGAGAGGAGGCGCUUUGCGCCCCAGCUUAUUGACUCGUCUCGACGAUCAAGAAGGAUUGGAGACAUGGGCCCGGCGACGAGACCUACCGACAAGACCGACAUCGUACCCCACCAACACCACAUAUACUCGGUGCACCGCAGCAAAAAGCGGCACCACAGGAUUACGGACUUGUCCAGGAGGGAAUCAUGCGACGAAGAGACGGCCGAGCACAUGUUUGGCCUGGCCAAGAAGGAGAUUGAAAAGCGGCUGCAGGAGAUAGCGCUCUCGGCGUUUCCCAACAGCAGCGCCAGGAUAGGAGGAGCUGAGCAUUUCGUCGUCGACGAGGGCUCUGAGGACGAGAACGAGCUGGAUCCCCGCGGCCGGCCGCAGUUGAGGCUCUUGGGUACCGACCGUCCCAAACGGGACUCGACCGACGAGGAUAUGAACUGGCACGUUAAGGAGGCUCAGAACGCAGCCAAUCGCCGGGCACGGACUCGGGUUGACACUAAGGAUCUCGAUCUGAUGGAGCUGGAUAGCCCGCCGCCUGACACCAUGUUCCUGACUUCUAGUCGCAAGCAGACACCUAGCCCGGGCCCGUCACCCUUCAUCAGGGGACCUAUCGGCGAGAGUCACAUGCCCCUCGUUAGCCACAGCCCACUGAAACCCAUUGGAGAGACAUCAGCCCCUUCGCAAUCGCCGCCCCCUAUCCAGCCCAUCGGGGAGUUCCAGAUGCCUUAUAUCCCCUCGGCCCCACCGGGCAGGGCAGGCGACAUGCCAUUCAUUCCCGCAGAGACGGGCUUCCUACGUCAUGGUGGUGGUCGUCCAUUUGGGGCAGGCUAUAGAAGAGAUAUGCCAUCAUCUGAGAGGAACCUUGAGCAGCUGCGCCAGCGCAGCCCGCCGAUGCUGGGCAAGGAUAUCACCUUUCGCAUGUGUCCCUCGCCCAAGCGCACCAAGAUGGAACCUGAUCAUCUUUGGGCCAGGAUUCCCGAAGCUUCCAACAGGGACCCCUCGGGAACCAAGGGUCUGUGGCGCGGAUACUGCUACACUUCGGAGGCGGAGUCGGGAACGGCCCUCGCCUCGGUGGCACGUCCCGCCAUGCUACAGACCCCAAGCGUAGCCAGCUCGGCAGGCACCGACCCGUUCUCGGCUGCUUUUGGCACCUUUGAAACCAUUUCUACCGUGCUGAGCGAGGAGCCCACCCCCAUCGCCUCUCCAAGGGGCACCCAGUCAGCCGGCCCUGCGUCGCUGAAGCUUCCCAAGCCGGCCGCCACGGUACCGCCCGCUUCUAGUAACAUGAACAGGCGGAGUGCCGAGGCCAAGGGCAUCCACAUGCUGGCCGGGCUCGAGGAGAGGCUCCGAAAGGAAAAGGCAGCCGCCGACCUGACUGAGCAGAUCCAGGCCGAGUUUACAGACCACUUUGUCACACAGGUAUACAACUACCUCAGCCUGGGGUAUCCCGCCAUGGCGCGUAUGUACGACGAGGAGCUGUCCAAGAUCUCCAGGAUCGACCUGUAUGAGCUGCGACGUCAUGACUCGGAGCUCAUGGACUUCAUGGUUGACAUUGCCAGUGGGGGUGACGGCAAGAAGAAGGGCGCCAAGGGCUACAUUCGAUUGACCGAGGAUGAUGAUACCAAGGAGCAGGAUAGAUGUCCACGGUGGAAGGCCCUGAAGCUGUACAUUCACGAGUGGGCGCGUCAACAUCCCGACUUGGAUAGUAUUAGUCCGCUGGCCUGGGGUGUGAGGGAGAGAAGGGGUAGCUGGGGCAUCUGAGCGUUUUUUUUGGGAGUUGGGAUCAUCGAUAUACAUAUAUGGCGUUUAUUAAUGGUGUCUAAAAUCGACAGGUGUUUCGUUCCUUUACAUGGCUUUAGGAGUUUUCUUUGAGACGAGCAUUCUGGAUGGCGAUUCGGAAGUUGGCGUAUGCAGCAUAGAUUACAGUAUAUCAUGAUUGUUAUUGAUCUGCACGAUAUUGACACCUGUCUGCUGCGUGACAUGUCUGGCUCACGACCUUACGGGCUCAAAUGGGUGAAUGUUA